AUAUAUACAUAUACACGCACAUACACACACCCACACACACACACCCACACACACCACACACACACACACACACACGCGCCCGCGCGCGUCCUCCUGCAUGCGGACCAGCCUCGCGCGCGAGACUCGGUCCAGCGAGCGGGACUCACUCGCGGCGACCAUGAGUGAAUCGCGCCCGCGCUCGUCUCCGUCGGCCACUCACCGAUGAUGAGCGGCAACGCGCGCGACAAAGAGUAACGCGAGUCGUCGUUCCCGUGCUUGCGACCGCCGCGCGAAGGUCGUCGACGGUGGUCGAGGGUGAACAAGUGAGAUCGGGUCGACUCGAGCCGACUGGAGUGUACACACGCGGUACACGAGGGCUAUCGACGAGAGUCUCAGACCUGUCAGGAAGGAGCGCAGGAGAGUACUCCUGUCACUGAGAGUUCAUCGCGACGCGGCCCGGGAAGCAGUGUCAGAGACAGAUCAGUAGUAAACGGCGGUGUAUCGCGGACAGUAGUGAAGGACAGUCGCUAGCGGACGCGAGUAGUGACAGACCGUAACGCUUGGCCCGAGAGAGAGUGGUAGCGGACAGUGCACGCACGGCGCGCGCCGCAGUAGUCGCGGACGUCACGCGGCGGACCAUCGGGGCUGCAUUGUAUACGACGGUAUCGCGCCGUGUGCGGACUCGCCGUGUGAUAGAGGCGAGGGCUGGCUCGACAAGGGAUCUCGCGGCGGAUCAGCUGGUACCGCGAUCCACCGCGUUCUAUCGCGGUGGAUCGACGCGCCGCGCGUCGUACUGCACCUACGGUGUGGCAUGUACCCGCGCGACAACGGCGAACAUGCGAGCACGCUUAAUCCACGCACGCACGCGUAACCGUCGCGGCUCGUCACCAAGGAGGAUUCAAUUAAAUCUCCCGCGAGGAAGGUCAAGUACUCCGCGCAGCGACGACGCGGGGGAUCCGAGCUUUAAUUAAAACGCCCGCGGGAUUCCCAUUAUCGCGCUCGCUCGCAAGCUCGCUCGCGCGCCCCGUAUUCCGGGAUUAAUUAGCCGCGUCGGGAACGAGAGCGCCGGCCAGGUCGUCGACGGAGGCGAAAGGGUGAUAUAGGAGGACGUGAUUGCCGGUGGCGUGGCAAGCCUCGUGUGUCGUCGUCGUCGUCGUGCCUCGUAAUAACGCGUCGCGCGAGGAAGAGAAAGAGGAAGAGAGUUUUGUGUCAGCGCGGUGUCGUGUGGGCUCCUUGAGGCUCCCCUCGGAGAGCUCUCCUCGUCGUCAUGGAUCAUCUGAUUGUUAUUCCCGUUCGUUGGCCGCGCUGGCUCGUGUAGCCGCCAACGCAACGACGGCACUCUCGGCCGUCGCGAGUGUCUCUUUCUCGCGAGUGACAGUUGGUGCGGUUGCGUGAGGAAAUAAGCCGUCGUUUCGAAACAAGCAGGAGAAAGAUAAGCGAGUUUAAAAAGGGUUGUCUUGUAGCCGACGUGCCGCCGGAGACGAUGUCCAAGUAGUACUCUCGGCGAUCCGCGACAGCUCGUUCUAACGCACGGCAGGCACGUAUUAUUAUGUGAGGAGAGGGCCGCGACCAGGGGAAACGAAGAUGUCCGCCGUCAGCGUCGUCGCAUGGUUACUCGGCGCCGUCGCUUUGGCAGCGAUUAAUAAUGAAGCGCAUUGCUACAGCGGCAGCAGCAAGGGCAGCGACACAUACCAGAACGCUCUGGAGGACACCACACGGUCGGGGCCGUAUUUCGACAAAUCGGCCUCGAAGAACGUGACCGCCCUGCUGGGCAAGACCACGUAUCUCAACUGCCGUGUGAAAAACUUGGGGAACAGAACGAUGACGCUACAAGUAUCAUGGGUCCGGCACAGGGACGUCCAUUUGCUCACGAUUGGCCGUUAUACGUACACGAACGACCAGCGAUUUCGCGUGAUCCAUCCCGCCCAGUCGGAGGACUGGACGCUGCAAAUAAAGUAUCCGCAGCACCGGGACAGCGGCAUUUACGAGUGCCAGGUCUCCACGACGCCCCACAUGAGUCAUCUAGUCCAUUUAAGUGUAAUCGAACCCGUAACCGAGAUUCUGGGUGCGCCGGACUUGUACAUCAAUCGAGGUAGCACCAUCAAUCUCACGUGCGUCGUCCUGCAGAGUCCAGAGCCGCCCGCCUACGUCUACUGGAACCACAACGAUGCGAUAAUCAGCUACGACUCGACCAGAGGUGGCAUCUCCGUAGUCACGGAGAAGGGCGAGACCACGACGAGCUUCCUCUUGGUGCAAGAAGCAAAGCCGUCGGACUCCGGACGGUACACUUGUAACCCCAGUAAUGCUCAACCGAAAUCGAUCACCGUACACGUACUCAACGGAGAGUAUCCCGCGGCAAUGCAGCACGGCGGUCAGGCCAAGCAACCGAGGCUGUACUCUCUUCUACUCUGCCUGUGUCUGCUACUUUACUAAUUGUUCCAUUCCAUCGCGCAUUUCUUCGAGGAGAAGGAAGUCGGGAAACGUUUUAGAGUGAGGAGAGUGGAAGAGAAGAAAGUGAGAGCGAGAGAAUGAACGAGAGGAAGAGAGAGAGAGAGAGUAUGUGUGAAUGAGUGAAAGAAAACGAGCGAGUGAGCAAGAGAGAGGUACUUCCGCUAGGCGUUACGUGAACAUUGUGUCCGAAGUGUCACGAAAUCCACGACGAGGUAGAUACGCGCGGCGGCUCUUUUGACUAUGCGCCGGAACGAUGACUCUUUUGCAACGACGGACGUGCUGUUUGUCGGUGCAACGAGGCAACGACAAGGGGCAACGCAGCGCAGUACGCGAAUAAUAUGCGAAUGAUUAGAGAGAGGGAGAGAGAGAGAGAGAGAGAUAGGGAGCGCGCGCGCGUGCACGCGUCGCAGUUUACAAAGUUCCGACAGGUAACAAGCGUCAACACGAUCGGUUUCAUCAACGACGAGCACGGAUAAUUUAUUUCGCGAGUAGAUCCGCGCGCGACGCUCGGUUGCGGAGAAGGAGCCAGGUCGUUGAUGAAGCCAGGCGAAAGACGACAAUUAGAAUGCGCGAGACGCGAGGAAGAAAAAGGAACAUUAAAGGAAUACGAGAGACAGAGAGAGAGAGAGAGAGAGAGAGGGAGCGAUGGGGCGCUGGAAAUCGCGCGCUUUCGAACGAUCGCAAUUACGCGAUCUUUGAAUUUGAAAUAGUCCCGGACUUUCCAUCUUCGUGUUUUUCGCUUCCAUUCGGAUGCGCAUCUCUCAAAAAGGGGCCGGAGUUCGCAUUCAAGUCCCCUCGAGAUGAAAUCCCUCCCUCGAAAAUCACGGAGUAGCACAACUUUCGCGACUCAUUUGCAUUUCUCGCGCUCUUUGAUUUUCAGUCGCUUAGAAUUCGGCGACUCCCGCGAAACAAUCGGUGCUUUUCUUCUCGCUCUGACUGAAAACUCGAAUACCUCCGCUCGGAGAAAACGCGCGGGUCUUCCGAGACACCUUGUAUACACACACACAUACACACACACAUACAUACAUACAUACAUGCGUACACAGUUAACCGAGCUGGGAGAAUCGAAAGGAAGGAAUGGAACGAGGGAAACGAAAAGAGGAGCACGAGAAGGGGAAGAGGCGCGUCGCGCCAGCUCUCGCCUUCCUUCCGCGAUUAAUUCGAACAGACUCGAAGCGUCUGCCGACUCUCGACACACACGGACCUCCGGUUGGCAAAGUGCACGACGACGGGUGCAUCGAGAAGAGAAUGAGUCGUUGCCAUGCAACCGCGACUUUGACGGCGCUCCGGUACACGCUUCGAAGUCGGUGGCCACCGUCGUCGUCAUCGUCGUCGCAGCGUUACGCGACAAAACGCGCGUGCGUGUACCGAUCUUCUCCGGCGACAUGCACCAGCAGAAGCUUUUUGUCGAUCCUUAAUUCUCGUGUUCCAAUAUUGACACACUUCCGGCCACUGGCGAGCGAGCGAACGGAAUCUCGAAUUUCCACCGCGAAAUCGGAAGGUGAUAGCGUCGAUGAUUAACGCGCGUAAUCGGAGAUCGCUCAUCCCGACUCUCUCGUCAGUUUUGUUUCUCGCAGCCGAUGCUAGUGAAUGCUGGUAUCUCGCUAGCGUGGGUCGAAUUGCGCGAUAAAUAAAGGUCACCGGGCAUCUCGACCUGACCUACCUGCGCAAGCCAGCGAUUCGCGGUCGACCGCGAAUAACGCGAUUUCUUGAAUUGCUUUCUUUUUAUUUGAUCGUAGGUUCCGGCUGGGACGAUACAAUGGGUUGCAUACGCGCAACGGAAUUUAUAUAUAUGAUGGAAUUCAAUGGUAAUCACGAGUCAGUUCCCGCAUUAUCGUCAAUUACUGUCAAAGAGCGCGAAAGAACAAUGCCGAGCUCGCGGCGUAUGACAUUUACAUGAAAUCCAAUCGCGAUAUCCGCACGUUUCUGAAAUUCAAGGCGAAAGAGAAUUUUUUUGCAUUACAAAGCGCUUACGCGCCGUACAAAAAGGGCUUUUUUUCCAUAAGAAAUAUUCGUAUUAAUAGGACACCGCCUCACAAUCACGACGCCUCUCAAGGCGCGCCGCGCGAGUAAAAUUUAACCGUGCUGUUCGCGGGAUUUCGAGACUUUGACUAGCGACUGAUGUCUUUGUCAUAAAGCAAAUUAAAUUUCGCAAACGCAUGAGAGACUUCCUCUUCUCUCUCUUUCUCUCGUCCUCUAUCCUCGGAAUUAACAGAAAUACGUUAUAAAGCAACGAGCGGCUGCCCGGCCGGGCGUGCGCCAGAGCUUCGAGUGAAAAUAUUUUCCGCGGAAUUAAAAUGAAAUCCUCUUAAUUAAGUCAAAUAUACAGAGCCCCUUGGUGUUCUCCGUGCCCGUAUUCGUUGUGUAUGCAGUUUCCCAGACUCGUUCUCGUCGCGCCCGCGUCAGCGGAAAUCGCGCGGAGGGGCUGCAUCGCUCGAUAAAAAGUGAAAUUUAUUUUCCUACGUCGGGAGAGCGUUUCCGUGGAGGGCGGAUAAUGAAGAAGAAGAGUCGACCGGCGUGUCCGCGCAAUCCAUGUACAGCACGUGAGCAAGAGUGCCGCGGUGCGAGUAUAACAGCUCUGAGAAAGAGAGAGGGUGAGAGAGAGAGAGAGAGAGAGAAAGCGCAUCGUCCUAAUCGAUCAAGCCGGUGUGAAAGGCGCGGGACGCAUCCGGUUCAAUUAGCUCUCGCAAUUUGCUCUUUUCAGCAACUGCCCAUUCGUCUUUGCGGACGGCACGGGGAGCUUCGAGUAUAAUAUCGAAUUUCGCACGGCGCGCUCGGCGCGACCUAUAACUCUUGCUCACGCUGUUGCUGUCCCAUUCGUUUCUUACGCCACACGUACUUCGCUUUUCAUCGAAACACGUGAGAGACGCGCUACGGGGAGAUCUCUCUUAUUCUUUAUUAUUAUCCUUCCCCAACCUCCCUCCCUCCCUCCCCCUCUCUCUCUCUCUCUCUACCUCACCUCUGCCUGAAUUAUCUUGUCCAAGUGUCAAGAGAAACAUUUCAAUAUUUUCUGUUUGCUUGUUACAUUUGCACGUACGCGAUUGAACAUUUUGAGAGAGCAGAACACUCUGCCUCCCUCAUUUAUCUUACAGACGUAUAUUUCGAGUGAAAGAGAGAGAGGGAGAAAGAAAGAAAGACUGAGAAGGAACGUUCAAUCCCUUCCAAAUCCAAAAAUUGCGCCGCAAUCGUCCCGUAUUCGCAUACAAAGUCUCAUUGAAGCGCAAUAACAUCUAAAAGCUGAUUUUUAUUAGGAAAUGAUCCCGCGGAAAUUUAUGCGGCCCUUUGAUCCCGCCGAUCCCCCGACGACGCUUGAAAAUGAGGAGGUGCGUCAUUUGAAUAUUUUUCGUCUUCCAAGCGUGAUCGAUCGGAACGCGCGCGCGAAUAGCCAUUAUAGUCGCUUCAGGGAGCGGUUUAAAACACAUUUAGGAACUCGUAAGCGACUUCUUGCGACGGGCAAGAACGCAUAAUUCAGUACGGCCGCGUUUCGCCCGCCACCGUCGUGUGCCGGCCGACGACGACGACGACGACGACGACGACGACGACGACGCGCGCGCGUCCGUAACGAUUAAUAAAACUUCGAGCUGUCGCGAACGCAGGAGCAAAAGGGGUGGAAAGGACGGUUGGAAAAUAUGAAUAAUGAAUGAAAGAGAGCGCCGGGGAGGUGCGCGGGCUGAGUAGGCUCCUGUGAGAGCCCGGAGAGUAGCGUGCGCGCGCGUUGGUUACUCGCAAGAGUCAAGAGGGUCGAGCAAUAUCCGGUAUCCGCAACGGAAGAACGUGAUUAAAAAAGUUUCCAACGACGAGUAGUACAAUGGCCUCACCACGCGUAAGAACGCUUCUUGUCGUCACUGCCGCCAUCAUCGCCACCAAUGCCGCCGCGUGGCCGGAUAAUCAAGUCCCUGUCUUCAGCCCUUAUUUCCCGGACAGAUAGCCACCCUUGGCCUCUGCCGGAGGUGGACGUUUAGUGGCCCUUCCUCCGGCAUCGCCUUCCACCCGCCGCUCACCUCUAUUCUUUCUCUUCUCUUUCUUCCCGGGAAAUCAACUGCUUCCGGAGUACGACGGGAAAAAGCGCGGCGCUGACGGGGGAAGGGUGGGGGUGGAGGGACGACAACGACGACGGCGACGACGGGGAGCUGGCCGGACCGCAACGACACUCGCCGGUUUGCCUUCAUUUAUCAAGUUGAACGCGAGGUGCGCCGCAUAAUGUCGGCGCCGAGGUUCCCCGACCUCGGAGCGGACGCGCGGUGGUUGGCUUUAUGCCUUUGCACACACGCUCCCUCGCGCUAAUCCGCCCUUGCCGCGUCGCGCUGCGCUGCGCUGCGCGCAAACAGCGGAUUAACGCGCGCGCGCGCGCGGUCCGACACAUCGGCAAGCCGAUUCGACGUAUCACGCGGUGGCAACCGUCUCACCACGCUGCGCGUUUGCGGCAUUUACACCGUCGCAGCAUACGUUGCGUGUCUGACUACUGUAGGGAUGCGAAAUUGCGCGAGAUAAAGCCGCGUGUCGACGGAUUAAGCGGCUCUAAGGAGCUGUCGGACCAAUUCGUCGCGAUUCUCGUCUGCGCGAAGGCGCAGCUGAUUUACGGUAAUACGCGCUGUAUGAUCACAUACGAGGCAUCGCAAUAAUUCAGAAUCAACCUGCGCGGCCGGGCUCAGUUCUCAUUCCGCUCUGUGUUGCGUAGCGCAGUGUGGCGUAUUGUUCGAUACGUUUUCAGGUGAUUCUCGCGAAGGGUCGCGCGCGGAGAGAGGAAGGCUGGAAAGAAAAGAAAGAAAGACUCGGAAGUGAACGCGGCGGGGUCGCGCAUGGGGGUUCGGGUGCAUGCAGCGCGUGCCUAUCGUCGUUUCUUGGUAUUUCCAUCCACUUUUAUUCUUUACUAUAAUAGCAUCCGACAUGAGAACGCGGUUCGUGACCAGCAAACGAGACUCUCUCUCUAUGUGCGCGCUUGGUCGGACGUGCUCGUUUUUCCUCUCGUUUCGCUUUUCCGGAGCGUCCGCGGCUCCCGUGUACGUGCAGCUGGCUUUAAUUAAAAAUGAGCGGCAUUUUUUCUCAUAUUACGUCAACGGGCUGCGCCGGAGUAAACGUUAUUGUUUCAUUUCUGGCUGUUACCUUGCCGGCCGCCUUUACGAAUUGUUCGUGCCGUUACGGUAACUGUAACCUGCACGAUUUCCGCCCGGACAAUGUGGAUUAGACUGACCCGAGAACAAGCAAACACAAUGAACAUCAUCUUGAAUAUCAUCUUCAACCCUUUACGCCACAAAUUUUUGUAUUACACCGAUUCUCUUAAAACUUUGUACCUGGCGAUUUUUCGGAUUAUUGAAUCAGAACUUUAAGAUACGUACUGGUUCAUAUUAGUUCCGCCACUGGAGUUUAAAAAAUUUAAAAUUCUGACCUCAGAUUGGGAUUUAGUGACACAAAAAACUCCCAGAACAAUAUGAUGAAAGAUAUUCAAACUAUUUAUUUGAAUUUACAACAGAAGAUGUUGAUUUUUUCAUGUUUUUCAAACAUUAUUAAUAUAUAGUAAAAAAAACUACAUAACAAAAAAUUUGACAAAAUUUUGAAAAAUACUUUAGGAUGUCCUAAAUAAGUGUUUAAAUUGCCGUUUAAAUAUUGAUAAUACUUUCGUAGAAAAUGAAUUUUCUUAUAAAAACAAAUUUUGAUUAUUUAUUUACAGUAAUUAUACGAUUAAAACUUUAUAGUUGCCUACUUUUUUUUAUCUCGUUAUAUAAAAGACUGAAAAGAAUUAUAAGUAAAAAAUUUCUUCAAUUUUUUAUGUAACAUGGAAUAUACUCCCCGUCAUUUAUUGACAUUUGUAUCCUCGCUCUACAUAAGCAUCAACAAUUUUAUACACCUAAACCGUGCAAAAAUAGUGCUAGAUAUAAAGCUUAUGUCAAACAUCCUCUUGAGCUGAUGAACGAAUACAAUUCUUGUUGAAACUUUUCCUCUGUCGAGAAGAAAAACGUUUUUCGCACUCGCAUCAUUAUUCAGCAAAGCUUCCGGGAGAAAAUUAGAAACUACAGUUUCUAUAGUAACUCCAAGACACUGAAUCAAUUGCUUUCCUUUCUCUCUCUCUCUCUCUCUCUCUCUCUCUCUCUUUCUUACACUCAAAGACACCAGAAUUAACGGAUUCCUAUUCUCCUGUAACCAACGUAUUAUGCUGUAACCCGCAAUAGCAAACGCAUCGUCGCGUGGACAAACACACGGAAGCAUAAUCUACCGACUUGAUCCGCCACUCGAGUUUACAUCACCGUUUACGUUAGACACUCAGGUCUUCCGCCGGAGCACAUCGUACGUACGGGGCGACCAUCUCCCCGAAGAGCGCGCCGCUCAUUAAGGAGCAAAACUAAACGUCUCGGUAUAAUUCCUAGCUCCGAUUGCGAGAGCGGAGCGAAGAGGUCGUUACUAGCGCGAAUUAGUGUUCCGUUGCAAAGCUGACGUGCACGUUAAACCACCGGUGAAGCGCGUUUCCUAGGUGGACAACAUGACGAUACGACGAGGGGAGACGAUACCGACGGCAAGUCGGACGAGAAGGUAAAGGAACUGUCCAAGGAGGAAGGGAGAUAAGACACCCUCGUCACGAGUUUAUUUCCGGAUCUUUCCAAGAGGUUCCUCUAUCGCGACGAAAGUAAUUCAACGGAAGCACUCUCUCACGGAAAAAGAAACUUCAAAGGACUCGCGUUUCGGUUCAGGAAUGUGUCGGUGCGUGUAGCGGACGGCGCGCACUUAUCUUUUUGUUGCGAUAUAGAAUAAAGUCUGAUACAUUCAUGGCCGUCGAUCGCGCCGGCGUCGCGAAACAUUCCGCAGGAAGACCCGCGUCGCUUCGCUUUUAAAUCCGGCCGGACGCGCUUCCAGAUUAAACGUCCCGCUUUUACCCAACCUUCCGCGACGAUGGAGCUCGCUUACAAGUUUAUAGAGUUUGUAAGGUAACUUUAUACGGUUUUUAUACCAGCAACACACCGGGCGAAACCGGGGAACCGCCAAAGCGAAUCCGCAGCGCGAAACACCGAGCUACGCGCUAGCACGAAUACGGACGGGUAAGCCUGUUCUCUUUAGCUGAACUGGUGCAAGACUCUGCUGCCUUUUCUCUUUAACGCCAGAUUACUCAAGUAGAAAGAGAAACCUCUUUUUAGUCUAUAACUGGCCAACAAUUCUUGUUACUGGCCAGUCUAAGCUUGUGACGCUUGUCUCCCCAGUAACUGGACAGUCAAAAUCAGUCAAAAUCAUGAUUUCUGGUCAGUUUCUAGCCAUCUUUUCACCAGCUUCCAACCAAACCUUCUUCCGUACAAGAUUCUGUCCAGUGCUUUUUAUCGCUUGAUUAUACAUUGCAAAAUAUUACAUUUUAUUAUUCAAUGUAAAGAUAAUGUAAUCCACGUGUUUUAAAAGGCAGAGUCUUUUCGCGUACAAAUUUACUAAAGUAGUAACAGCAUUGUUCUUAAUUGCUCUUUUCUCUUGCCCAGUUUUGAGCCAGUAAUCGGCCAAGCAUAAACAUUGCCUAGCAUUCCCCGAGUUUUCACUGGACGGAAAAACUGCCCAGCAUUUACUUUUUACUUCCUACUUUCUGGCCAAUGAUUAGCGAAGAAAUACUGGCAAGUAUUCUCUUGUCCAGUUUCUGAACAGUCACUCCCCAAUAAAUCCUAGCCAGUAAAAACUGGCCAGUCUCUGGCUAGUGUUUCCAGUUUUUCCCGGAAAUUUUUCUACUUGGACAUAUUCUCGUUUCAUUCUUGCAAGAAGUACAACCUAGUUCGGCUGAAAAAGACAGAUCCAAUGUAUGUCGAGAUGCAGUUACAACGGCGGCGGGGGAACGCUUCCCGCCGGCGGAUCGUCAGCGCGUUUUCGCGCGCGCACGGACAGGUCGCUCCCGCGAGCGCUUUUAAUUCACAGGCCAAGAAUAGUCGAAUCAAAGAGCGGAUUGAAUCUGCGUUCAACGCGACGCGCGGAAUUAGUAUUCAGCGGCGAGCGUCGCGCGCGUCGGCCGCACGGUGGAUUCCGCUCCGGAGCCUGCAUAAUGCCGAGUGUGUGGGCGUCGAACUCGUACAUGCCGGGACUGCAUGGGAUGAGGCGAGCGAGCGGAAGGAGCGAGAAUGCGGAGAGAGGGAGAGAGAGAGAAAGGGGAAAAAAACGAGUAAUCGCGUAACAGUUAACAUGGAGAGGCGCGAUACGCUUAGAGCGGGCGGUUGCCGUUUUUCAUUCGGAUAGCGGGAUACGCAAAUAAAAGAAGCGGUGCGUGCCGCGGUUUCGUUAUUCCAGCCCGGUAUCAGCGCGCUACCCGCUCGGAUGGAUAAGCCUCUACGGUCUCUCUCUCUCUCUCUCUCUCUCUCUCUCUCUUCCCUCUCUUUCACUCUCUCUCUCUCUCUCCCCCUCGGCCACACUCGCGAAGGAGAUUCGCUGUUGCGAUUCGUAAGGUCGAUAUUUGCGAGAGGGUCAAGCAAAAGAGAGAGAAAGAGGCAUAAUUACGCGUCGGCCGAAAUCGCGACUGGUGGUCGUGCACGAAAGAGGAAGAAAGCGAAAAACGCUGAGUGAAGGAGGCGCAACGCCGGGAAAUAAUACGUCGCGGUUUGGCCGAUAACAUCACGCAAAGAGCGGAUCCACCGCGCGCGUUUACUGCCGCGUUUAUUUAUUUUUCCUCCGCCCCAUCAUUUUCAUUCUCGUUCUCUCUGCGACGAUACACGCGAGCGUUCGUCGCUCGGCCAGAGCGCCGACCUCAAUCCGUCGAUAUCCGGCAACACCUAACGAGAGACUUUUAAAUGUAUCCCUCUUUAUGCUCCGACGGGAUGUCAGCUGACGCGCCGAAUAUCAAAAUAUGCCGUCGUACAUGAUGUCCAUCAGAGCACUCUUGUUUUCGGUCAUCAGCGCACAAUAGAAUCGAUUGACUGACCUGCUUUCGGCCGGCUGGGUUUUGUCAAUUUUUCGCGUGUCCAAUAACUACAGGCCGGAUGCGAGUGUAUUUGCGCGAUUCGCGAAUCUGGCCGGCCGAAUAACAGCGGGAAUAAAAAAACGCGGAACACACGCGGGAAGGGGAAGAAAAACGCACGGGCCGGGGAAGCGCUUUCAAUCGGCGCGAUUCGGUAUGCAGCGCGAUGCACACCCCGCGGGAAAGGGCCGACGAUUCUGCUACGUGACGAUUUAUAAAGUCUACGACGUUGCGCGCGCGCCGUCGACUGCGUUGUCGUCUCACACGACAACGACGACAACGACUCGUUAGCAGUUCCAACUCCAUCCGGAGGCACGUGGAAAAAUGAACGUGGUGCGAGUGAAGCACUCCUUACUUUCUCACCCUCUCGCAUCUCCCAUCUCUAAUCGUCAUCGUUAUCGCCGGCGAAGGAAGGGAGAAAGAAAACGCUUCAUUAUGAUCGCGUCGUUAAUAAAUCGCGCUUUAAUCACCGAACGUAAUGAUGCGCGGGCUGGCUCAGCGAGAGAAUUAGCGUGUGCAACAACUCUCUAGCGCACACCCGAUCUCGGGACGUUAAAUCGCGAAGUACAUUAACGAGCCGCAGGAUCAUAUGUCCCGCGAAGAUCGUCUGUAUUCCGAUAUAUCCCGCGGAAUAUCCGCGAGAUUUCGAUAUGUAUUCCGCGUCAAAGGGAGAAGCGAGAUGCGUCUCGCGCGGAACGCGGCGAAAACUUCUGUCGGCCGAUCCUAAUGGACGGUUCAUAACAGCGGAAUUAAUGGUGAAUAAUCGAGCGGUUAUCGUUUAAUGAUAUUCAGUUCCGUACAAUAUUCGCAUAAUGAUGAUGGAGACCGCGAGAGCGCGGCCCCCUCAGCCUAAUUUUGAUGAUUAAAUCGGCACGGCCAUGGCGAAAGCAUCGAUACGCGCAAUCUGCAUUUUAACGCGUGCUGACGUUACACCGCUCCCGCUGCAUUCGUGCGUAUUCGACGCAGGAAUCAAUGCACGAACGAACGUCGAAAGCGCAGUGUCACCCCUCGUUGCGUGCGCGAAAAAAACGGACCGUCUCUCUCCUCAUCCGGACAUUCUCCGACUAGGAAAAGCCCACGGCACACUGAGAAACGUAAGCAGCAGCAGGCAAGCUGACCUGCUGCAGUCGAUUAUUAUGCCGCGACACGUAGAAAAUUGCUACGAUUGCCACAUCCACACAUUGUAUGAUUGAGGGGAGGAGCGCGGCCAAAUUUGGCCCCAUUUCACGACAUUCGAAAUCAUAAAUUAUUUUUUUAUAAAAUUGUAGCAAUUCAUGAAUAGAUUAAAGAUAUAUAAGUAUCAAAGUGAUGUGUGCCACACCAUUUGGGAGAAAAUGGCCCAGAAAGAUACGUAUUCUGUCGAAAUAAAUGAUAUCGUUGGGACCCUUACAAGAAGAGAGAGAAACUUAUAGGGAAUGUUGUAAGGAAUGAAAGAGAGAUAAAAGUCUUUAAUAAUACGGAGUGUUUGAAUAAUAAAUGCUAAUAAUAUUAAUAAUUUAGAAUGACUCUUUCAUCAAGCUCCGAUUAACUUGAUCGUCGACUAAUUUCGUUGUAAUUAACAGAAUUGUUCAAUAGUGAUUUGCUGAUCACAGUGAAAUCAUUUUUUAUGUGUUUGCAAACCCGAUUUAUAACCAACAUUAUGAAUACGAAUAUUCGUUGCAUUGGUAAAGGGGAAACUGCAGAAAACUUUAUCAACAUUUUCUAAUAAAAUGCUUACAUGGACCGUCAAAAGCGCCGUAUGUUGGUUACGAAAUUCCUUUUGCCAUUUUUCCCCAAAUGGCAAGGCGUAUUAUUUUGAUAACUACAAUGUUAUCAAAACAUAAUUUCAAAUUUCAAAUGCCAAAAAAUGGAGUUAUGAGCUUAUGAGAGCUUAGCCAUUCUCUUUAUAUGAUUUCAGUUUCAAUUCUCCAUUGCUCUCGUAUGAGGCGAAUGCUCAGUAGUUGAAACUUUCUUUUCUAAUUAUAUACAGUUGACUCAACAGUUGGCUCUGAUGGCUUUCACUUACAGCCUUUUAAAUUAUAUUCGCAUAGUCGUUUUUAAUUUAGCUCGUAUAACUUUUAUUAAUAGACUAUGACAGUGUUAGCGCGCGCUCAUAACGAGAAUAAAUACGUCAAGUUAAUGCCACUCGCGCUGUUACUAAAUUUACUUCGAUGAAUCGAUAAUAAAUCAAUAUUUUAAUACAUCUACUCGUUUUUAUGAAGCUAUUAAUGCAAUAAUAAUGAAAUUCCCAUUUCAAUUGAAUUAAUAAUAGGCGCGACAUUUCGAGAGCACUAACGUUCGUCAGCCGAACGAGGGCAAUAGCAAGUUAAUAGAUUCGACAUUAAAAGUUGUUACGUGUCCAUUUAUACAGUUCUCACAAUUCUCAUAAUACGUAAAUGUUCAAUUAGUACGUGGGUCGUUCAAAAAAUACGUGGCCUAACAUAAAGAUAACGCGAAUUGGCCGAAUUUUUAUUAUCGUAUCUCAGAGCCAUCCUUUAUUAGAUUAAGUACGACAGCACUUAUAUAAUAUGGAGUGAUCUGUCGAUUAGUUUUUGACAGUACGCCAAAGUGAACUCUCGAGCAAUGAAUCCUGCGUUUGAGCAAAGACUCAACAAUUUCAUUGUCUCUCACACCACCUUUUGGCAUGAUUUCGCGCCACAAGUCUGGAGGACAUUCAGCACCGAUCUAUAACCGUCGAUGAAAGCUGGAUCUACUGAGUUCACUUCACUCCACAAACAAGGGAACAGUCAAAACAAUAUAACGUGCAGGAACACUCGAGGCACUGUUCACUUUGGCACUGUCAAAGACUAAUCGACAGAUCGCUCUGCAUCGUCACAUUUAACCUAGUAAAGGAUCGUUCUGAGAUACGGUAAUAAAAAUUGGGUUAAAUUCGCGCUGUAUUAGACCGCGCACUGUUUGAACGCUUCACGUACAUCCUCACACACAUAUUUGCCUUAACCGAAGGAAUGUUGCUAUCUCUCCGUUGUACUCCGCAGAACAAAUACUAUUGUUGAGAUAUCCGUAGGGUUUGAUUUUAUCACUGAGAGCACACUAUGCUUAUUACAAGCAUCUUAUGCUAAGCGUGGGCGAAAAAUAACACUAAUAUUUGGUUGUGACAACCAUAUUCAGGAAAGUGAUAUCCAAUGAUUUUCCCCGUGAACCAUAAGGGGAAUAAUCGACUGCGGUUGCUUACUGCUGAAGUUUUUACUGCUUACAUUUUUCUGUGCUCUGGGCCUGAUGUCGACGGACUCUCGGUUGCCAAGCGGACUACUUCUCUCGUAUGUAAAUAUUGUAUACUUAUACAAGGCCGUUUAGUUGUUUAGUUGGUCUCGACAAUACGACGAUCAUGACGUCGCGUCUGCCCUUAAACUACGGUUCAUUUUGUACAAUACGCCUAUCGAUGUGCGUGCGUGCGUGCGUGCGUGCGCGCGUGUGUGUAUGCAAGACCUCGACCAAACACCUGCGUACGGUGAUGGUGAAUGGUGAUGCAGAGUCAAAGGAGUUUAGUGCAUAACAUCGUCGUAAGAAAUCGCGCGGACUAAGUCACAAAAGCGCACGACGACGAAGACGCAGCCUGGUCGUGACGUGUUUCGUCGUAAGCGCGUCAUGCGUGUGUGCGUGUGUAUGUGUGCUGACGUGCGUGAGAGCGCCGAAUUCAUCGCACGUGAACGUAACGCUACCGACGUGUGCAGACAGUACCGACACACCGCACACAUACCCUACCAGGUGUCACCAAAUAAUACAACUUAUUGUCAUUGUAACGUUACCGCCUAGUCAGUAUGUAUGUGUGUGCCUGUACGUGUGCGUAUGCAGAAAAAUCCCUUACUCUAAAGCCGGCGGGGACCGGCCACCGUGCGUAGUUUGUAUGCCGCGCGAGUUCGCGUGCUCCUCCGUGAUCAAAGCAACGCGCGCGCGUGCGGAUCCAGAAGAAAAGAAAAACUCCCCCGACACCGUCGACGCGCGAGAACGACGCGAAUUGUACUCUCGAAACUGUACUAUAAUUAUCGUUUACACCUUUCGUACGUACUUUACACUUGACGCGAUCUCUUCGCCGGGCACGAUACCCAAAAGGCAAUCGGCGAAGGUGAGCGUGAACGAUCAUCUCUCGCGAAACUAUUGGAGAAAGGGAAAGAGAGAGAGAAAGAAAAGAACGAAUCGAACUUCCCAGGCGAGAGGGAGGCUCCCUAGAUUCGCCAGUGGAUGAUGAGGGUGUGCCUGGGCUAAUUAUGUUCGUAAAUCUCGCACGAAACCGCCGCACGACGUGACCGAAGAUGGCUGUGCGCCAGCCGGAGAUCGGAUAGUUUUAACGUAAUCUUAAAAUAUUCCAUGUUCCCGUGCGCGCGAAUGUGACCGACUGAUACGUACGUAUGUAUGUGUGUGUGUGUGCAAGCAGAACUGAGCGCGUGAUCACUUUUCCGAUAUUCGAUUUGCCGCAUGCCCGCGAACACUCAUUAACCUUUCGCAAACCGACGCGAGCGGAAGCGAGCGAGUGAGUGAGUGAGUGAGUGAGUGAGUGAGUGAGUGAGUGAGUGAGUGAGUGAGUGAAUGAGUGAGUGAACAAGCGAGCGAGCGAGCGAGCAUGCGAGUGAGUUGUUUUUUAAUGAUUUGCAAUUUGCAACAGUGUUGUCGCGUGAUAAUUACGACGCUCGCUUUCUCCCUUUUUUCCUCUCCAUCUACUAUUUGCAUUUAUCCAUCCAUUCAUCCAUUCAUCCAUCCAUCCAUCCAUCCAUCCCACCCAUCCAUCCGUCCCGCCCCUUUCUCUCGGCUAAUUCCUACGUCACCCCGAGCACACGCCGUGCGCGUCUAUUCGCGGAGAUCGCACGCGAACGAACCGCACGUCGCGGUACAUCGAACCGCAGACGUCCAAAAAUCUCCCAUGAUAUCGUGCACGGAACACGCGCGAACGUACUUCCGCGAUACUCGAGGAUUCGCCUCGCGAGCGACCACUUUCGGCACGAUCGAUAGCACCUCGAGGUCGAGUUUAAGAAGUUCUGUUAUCGUUUAUGUCUGCAUGAUUACGGGGCGUCCGCGAGCGAAGGACGCCAGUCAGACACCAGUCAAGUGUCGAGAGUGAUAUUCUAAUGACGAAAUACCUCGAAUCUCACGUCUGAGAGAAAUCAAGUAGAGCUACUAUUGGUCGGCUCGAGACAUCUGACUCAGAAGCAAGAAUGGGAACGGUACGAUCCGAUUUGUGGUGUUUCUCAUUAGAAUUCUCAGGAUAUCACGCUUGACACUUGGCCGAUACGCGGCUGCGACUCUUCGCACAGUUGAGUGUAAAGGGAAAAUUCAUAUGGAUCGUUUUAUAGGUAGAAACGAACCAAUCUGUAGCGUAUUGGAUGGAUUAUCAAUAAGAGGACAGAAGAACUGU